AUGAUAUUGUCAUUCCUAUAUCGAUUUGAUUGGCUUGCUUUAGCAAAUUCAGAGGUUUUGAUAUCAAUUGGCAGUCUCUCUACAUUCAGAGCAGUUAUGCUUCUUGUUAGGGCUUCUUCAUCUCUGUUCAUUUCACCAGAGGAUUUCAAUCUUUUUCAUGCAAUGGACAGGGAGCUUUACACCCUCCUUAUAACCGAUCUUUUGCGUGAUCCUUUAGACUCUAUGCAGAUCAUGGCUCUUUGGCUCUGGUUGGAGAGACAAGGCAACAGAAACAAUGUCAUAAAAAGGAUUUUGUCCUUACCCCAUGUUUUCAUAAAUGAACUUGCAGAUGAGGCUGUAACAUGCCUCAAGUGCAUUAGUAACACUCAGUUUCUGCUCUCAUCCAAACACAAAGAGAUUCCACUGACAAAAAGCCUCAUGAAAAAACAGAUUUCUCUCCAAUAUUUCCAUGAAAAUCAGCUCAUUGUAAUGAGUGAGGUGGCCAAAAUUGUAACUGAAGUUUGCAUGAAGGCUUUUACAGACAUCUUGCAAGAAGCCAUGAGGAAAAAUGCUGCACAAAACUCGGCCGAAAGCCAGAUGAUGAUGUCACCUGCUGUUGACCAGUCCUUGAUUUAUGGCUUUUCUCAGUUGGCAGUCGGAGUUGAUAUCAGCCAGGGAAGAACCCAUUUUAAUGAAGUUCCACCGGAUGACAGGACCAUGUUCGUUACGUUUUCUAAAGGCUAUCCGGUAGCUGAAUGGGCAGUCAGGGAUUUCUUCACUAGGAUGUUUGGCGACUGCAUUGAGUCUGUCCACAUGCAGGAGGUGAAGCCUGAGGAGCAAUCACUCUAUGCUCGAAUCGUGUUCUAUACUCCUUCCAUUAUAGAACUGGUUCUCGAUGGGAUGAUAAAAGCAAAGUUUACCAUCAAUGGGAAGCACGUUUGGAUGCGCAAAUUUGUGCCAAAACACUCGACCUCCUCGCCCCUGCUACUGCUGCCGGAGGAUUUGCCAGGCAGUGUCUAGUUCUUAUCUGUGUGUUUAUGUUUUUCUCUACUUGGUUGUGUACUCUUGUUUUCAAUAUGCAAUGUAUGAAAGUAUGCAGAAGGGUAUUGUAGUAAAGCUUUCAGUGUACAGCCUUGUUUUUCACUUUGCA